GACCUCUCCUCUCUGCCUCCAGAAGACUCCAGCAGCCCGUCCGCCUGCAGCACCAUGACUCCUCGGUCUCUCCUCCUCUGCGUCCUGGUCCUGUUGUCGCUUUUCAGCAACUCUUCUGCUCCGACGUUGAGAGAAAACUUCUCACACAUCCGAGACUUCUACGAAGCAAACGAUGAUGUGGACACAGCGCUGCUCGACCAGAGCGUGGAGGAAUCUUUCAAAACAGCGAACGGCAUCCUGGGCUUCGAUCUGGGCACGGAGACGGAGGACACCAGGAGCUUAAAGCCUCACAUGCAGUCCAUCCAGCAGAUCUUCGACCAGCUCAAAUCUGACGUGCACACAUGUAGACAUUACUUCUCCUGCAAGGAACCGUUUGACAUCACAAGCCUAAACUCUACGUACACUCAGAUGGAGAGUAAAGGUCUUUACAAGGCCAUGGGAGAGCUGGAUCUGCUGUUCAACUACAUUGAGACAUAUCUGGCUUCCUCCACUUGAAUACCUGACAGACCUGACCUGUGGCCUUGUUCAUCAUCAGGG